GCCACUGUAAACUUAUUCUGCUUAGUCAUAAUAAAUAGCUUCUGGAGGCAGGGGCUUUAAUCCGUGUAAGGCAGACAUCAUGUCAGCUAGGUAAUGGAGCCCCUGUUCUCUGGUUAACAGUAAUCAUCCUGUGUGUUCCCUGAGUUUGGUUGAAACGCGUACUAUAGUAUUCAACAGGCAACACUUUCAAAAAUUAUAGACUAGAACUUGAGAAUAAUUCUUUACUAAUUUUAAGCUCCCCAACAAAUGAACUUUGGACUCAUGGAAUACCUCGUCAAAAAGAACGAAAAGGUGUUCGAGUCAGCUUGACUUUCCGAAGCCUGCUAUUACCUGGUAAAAGAAAAUUUGAUGAGGAUCACGGUCAACCCAAAAAAGGCAUGAAAGAUCAGAAGGUAUUGACAUCUGACAAGCUAUUGCCAGUGGAUACACAUCAGAAUUCUGAAGGACCUCAGUUAACAGUGGAUGCCCUUCCUCCAAAUAUGUUUCAUUUAGGAGAUCAAAAUUUUGUCAUCGUUUCGUGCUUCUUGGGUCCUACUCGUGUUCAUAUUCGUCGUUAUGGUACGAAUGAUCAAGGUUUUUUGUAUCCGACGAAAGAUGGAGUUUCGUUAUGCCCAUUAGUGUGGAAAGAAUUAUGUACUCAUUUAAACACUUUUGCUACCUUUGAAUCGACAAUAUAUUUUUUGUGAAAAACGAUCUGUGUGUUUCAAAACAAAAUGUGAAUGGUGAAGUAAUCAUAUCCCUACAGAGACUAUUUCAGAAAAAGGAUUACAGUUUUCAGUUUGUUCCACAACGUGUUUUAAUGAACAAAGAUCAGCUACAGAAACUUGAUACAGAAUGUGAUGCAAUAAGCGUUCUGGUGAGAGAAAGUCUCAUUUCUCAA